AUGGCUGAGAAAUGUGAUGAUUUAGGGUUGAGUUUGAGUUUGAGGUGCCCACAGAAUGAGAAUCCGCCGCCUCAGCGACUGGCGCCACCACCACCUCCACCUCCACCUCCUCCGUUUCCGUUGAAUCUGUUGCAAUCUCCUUUGGCUUUCAUGCAGCGGCAGAAUCAGAAGUCUUCAAGCAGUGAUCCGUUUCAAUUAUCUGCUGAUAGGCAUGUUGAGGGUAGAUCUUUUCUCCGAGGGAUUGACAUGAAUAAACCAAUAACUGUAGCAGACCUUGAGGAAGAUGUGAUGGUUUCAUCACCAAAUAGUACAGUUUCAAGUGUGAGUGGGAAGAGGAGUGAGAGAGAAGAGAACGAGGCAGAGAGGGCCUCGAGUUCUAUGGAGGUGGAGGAGGACGGUGGCGAUGCUGCAGGGAGGAAGAAGCUCCGGCUGACUAAAGAACAAGGGGUGGUGCUUGAAGAGACUUUCAAGGAACAUAACACACUCACUCCGAAGCAAAAAUUGGCUUUGGCGAAACAGCUAAAUCUGAGACCAAGACAAGUGGAGGUGUGGUUUCAGAACAGGAGGGCAAGGACAAAGUUGAAGCAAACAGAGGUAGAUUGCGAGUAUCUAAGGCGUUGCUGUGAAAAUCUGACAGAGGAAAAUAGGCGAUUGACGAAGGAGGUGAACGAGCUGAGAGCACUGAAGCUCUCUCCACAAUUUUACAUGAAUAUGUCCCCUCCUACUACCCUUACCAUGUGUCCUCAGUGUGAGCGUGUAGCUGUCUCGUCGGCCUCAUUAUCUGCUGCCACAUCUUCAGCAACUCGCCAAUGCAAUCCGGUAGUGCCUCACCACCAACGGCCAAUUCCCAUUACCUCAUGGGCUGCCAUGAUUCCAUCUCAACCACUUGAUGCCCCGCACAAAAAUUCGACAGAGCCAGAAAUGGUUGAUUCUAAUCCAGUUCGCUUCUUGCCUUAA